AUGCCGCCGCCACCAGCCUCAGGGUCCGCAAAGCGGCGGAAGAACCAAUAUGUCGGCAAUGGCAAGCGUGGCAAAUAUGCUGGAUUGGCCCUCAAGCCCAACCUGCAAGGGUGUCUCAUCACUUGCAGUCCAAUGCACGAGGGCAAGGCUCUGGCAGAUGCGCGCAACCUUCUCGCCGAGCUGAUUGACAGCGCAACUGCUGCUGAAGCUGCCUCUUCCUCUACCACUGCCGAUUCGGACACACUGACAGUCGAAGACGAGCUCAAGGCAGAGCUGGAUGCCUUGCAAGCCUCCCGUCGGCCCGAUGGUAAACCCUCUGGCCCAGCUGCUUCACUGCAGCAAAUGCACAUUGAUGUCAAGGGCGUCAUGUUUCUGGCCCUGGAGCAAGAUCCAACUCCCCUUGUCAUCAAGAUUGCUGAACAAUGUCGCACCACGGGCGUUGCCCCCAGUCGCGUCAUCGAGCGUCUUCUUCCCGUUCAGCGUACCUGUGAGGCUUCAAUAGAAGCUAUCUCUGCCUGUCUCAAGUCACUUCUGCCCAACACCCCGUUGGCCGUUGGUCAGCCCCCCACGACAUACGCCAUUGACUUGAAGCGGCGCUUUAACCAAAAGCUGGAUCGAGAUGCCCUCAUCCAUGCCCUGGCAGCUAUCGAGGAGCUCCAGCCGCACAAAGCUGACUUAACGACUCCUAGUGUCACCGUGGUCAUUGAACUGAUCAAGCACGUCGCGGGUGUUUCCAUUUUGGCUGGCUACCGAUCUACCUUUCGCCGUUACAACCUUCGUGAAAUUGUGAAAGCGUCAUUUCCCGAUCAGCCGGCCAAACAGCAGGAGCCAGAAGCGCCCAUUGCGGCAGAUGAAGACGCAUCCUAG